GCGACAUGGCUAUGCUCCAAAGUACUGAACAUUUUCCAAAUAAGUUAUGACUUAAAGGUCUAGGUUAUCAGGUCAUAAAAUUUAAAAAAAAAGACAUGGCUAUGAAAUAAGCUGUGGAGUGUGGUUAGAAACAGGAAAACUAUAUUUUAAGAAUAUUGUUAAAUUAAAGCCAUUAAAAAAAAGAAAAAAAAAAGAAUAUUGUUAGUAAAUCAGUAAAUUCGUUAAUAUUUUCUCUAAUAUUCUAUGUAAGUACCUUGUUGUUAAAAUUAAAAAUAAAUUCAUAAAUUUAAAGUUUUAUUAAGACAAACUUAAUUAUGGAGGUCGAGGAGGAUGAUGAGAAAAGUAAAGUAGAGUUUCCGGAUUCAGAUGAUAACAAAUCAUCAAUGGAAAUAUCUUAUUUAGACUAUAAUGAAUUGCAAUAUACAACUGACGCUGAUACAGUGUGUGAUAUGUGUUCUGCUGAAUUUCUAGAUGCUUCUGAUUUGCAGACUCAUUUGAGAGAAGUUCAUUUCAAAGGUGAGCAGUCUAAAUGUUAUUGUACCUUCUGUUUGAAAAUCUUCUCAGACGUUGAAGAAUUCAUGCUCCACGUUCGUAACGAACAUUUGCUGCAUUUAAAGUGGUGUGUCCACUGUUACCGACUCUUUCCUAAUCUUGAAACAAAAAUGGCCCAUGAAAAUAAACACAAGUAUCGCCCAAAGCAUUCAAUAUUUUGUUCCCAAUGCAAUAAGUGUUUUGCUUAUGAUUUUGAUAUUUCUCAACAUGAAUACGAAGAACAUGAAAACAGUGAGGGUGUUAUGAUUAAUCAUGGAUUUUCUCUUUUAUCUUCUCUGCUAAAUAUGAAUGUCAAGUCAUUUUUUGGAACAUUACCAAAAAAUUAUAUUUGUAUUUGUAAAACUAAAUGCCAAAGCAUGCACAGCUAUAUUGACCACCUUAAGAGAAGCUCAUGUAAAUCGUAUACAUGCGAUUUAUGCUGUAAAGUGUAUGUUAGAAAAACACGCCUCAUCAAACAUAUAAAUAUGCAUACGUCAAAAAAAAAGAAUCAUUCAUAUUGUUUAAAAUGCAAUAAACUUUUUACCUUUAAAGCUUUAAGAGAGCAUAAAAAAACUUGUUUCUUGAUUAAAUGUGUGGACUGCAGUCUUGAUUUUGAGACUGUUCAAGAACUAGCUAAUCACAAGAGUCAAGCCCACCAGGAGACUGUAACUUUAACACGCUGCAAAUUAUGUGAUAGGCAAUUUGUGGGAGAUGUUACACUUACAAAUCAUGUUAGAAAAGUUCAUCAACACAAUUUACAUCUCUAUAAAUAUCUGUGUGUUCAUUGUGACCGUGUUUUUAACCAUCCUAAACUUUUAUUUGGUCAUUUCUUCUCAAGUCAUAAAGAAUUAUCACCCUAUACAUGUAAAAUUUGUAACACUCAGUUUAGAAUUCGUAAAAAAUUUACUUUACAUGUACGAAAAGAGCAUAAAAAUGUGGGAUUUGUAGAAUUUGAUGAGAAGUUCAAUGUGUAUUUUGUUGAGAAAAAGUCUGAGAACCCAUUUAUUCCUCAGAGCAUUUAUUAUGAAAAUUUGAAAGAUGAAACAAAUGAACCAAUUCAAGCUAAAAUUAAGAAAAAGACUUUAAACGGUAGACGAAAAAUAAUUACAUUACAAGAAAUACAGUCAAAUUCAGAUUCAGAUUCCGAUGCUCCAUUAUUAAAAAUUAGCAAGAAGAAAAAAUCUUUGAGAAGGCGGAAGAAACACAAGUUUAUGUGCAAACUGUGUAACAAGAAUUGUUUCACUUUACAAAAUUUUAGACAUCACAUGAAUCUGCAUGUAAAAAUACAACCAAUACAUUGUAUAAAGUGUGAUCAAUCAUUUAAAUCUGAAAAGACUCUUAAAAAACAUUUAAAAGAAUACCAUAAAAACUCAAAGUUGAUAGAGACAUUACAAAAAAUUAAAGAGAGAAAGAAGACAGUUGCCACAGAAAGUCCAAUUCAACCAAAUCAUGAUUUCAUGAAAACCCUGAAAAAAGUUGAUCCGGCUCAAUCACCACCGGCAACAUUGCAUAUGAUUAAAUCUAACAAAAACUUAUCUGUUCAAAACUUCUUUGAAACCUUUAAACCUGAUCAGACCGAGAAGGUAAGAAUUAAAAGUUCAGUGACGAUGAAGCUGACUACAGAAAGAAAAAAAAUGAAUAUUGUUCUUAAAAAGUGUAACUAUGCACCCCUGACAUUUGAAGGUCUUAAACUGCCUCAAAAAUUUGUUGGUACUGCCGAGGAAAUACCAACUGUUACUAUAAAAAUUGUAGAAGGUGAAACACAACAUGCAACUUUGAACUAUGGAGAGCGAGUUUAUAAGCAAGCAGAUGUCUUGACUCUGGAAGCUGACCAUGCUUAUUGUGAAGAGUUUAUUUACCCAGAUAAUGAUGAUAAUCAAUCCAAUGAGGAUUAUGUUGGUGAAGAGAAAACUAACAUUCCAGAAGUGGCAGAAGAAAUAAUGUUAUCUACUGAAGAGUUUCAGCCUUUGCAACAGAAAUUCAGCAUCCCAGAUAUGCCAGAAGCAAUCAAAUCAUUUAGAAUAGGAACAUUACAAGCGGAAGCACCCUUUUACAAGAUUAUAAAACUUGAAGAUAUUGUUCAAACAGAACCAAAGCAAAAAACUCCAGAGAAGAAAGUUGUAAAAUUAUCAGAUGGAGUACAAUUGGUUACAGUGAAUCCACUAGCACAUCUCAUUAAAGAAGGAGAUAUUCAUAAAAAGAAACCUAAUAAAAAUUACUAUAAACCUAUAGAAAGAGACAUAAAAGAAGCAAUAAAGAAAGCUAUGGCAGUAAGAACUGUAAAUAAACCGAGGAAAAAAGUUAAGUCAAAAGCAAGUACAAAAGUUAAAUCUACUAAAAUAAGUUAACGGUAAAGUAACUUGAAAGAAUAUUCAAAAUCAGCACUUGCAAGUUUUCAGUUGUUGUAGUAGUAAGUAGUUGUGUAUGGUAGUUAUACUAUUAUAAUGUGUAUUGUAAAUAGAAAAAUGUAUUUUAUUCAUGUAUAAUCUAAAUUUAUUAAUAAAGUCUAUAUUAUUUAAAA